UGAGCGUUGUCGUCGUCGUCGUCGUCGCGCGUGUUGCGGUGGUGCUCCAGAGACUCAGGAGCAGUUGGCCACGAGGCACACUUUUCCAUUGUGUGCUUCAUUUCAGAUCUUGUGUGAAAAAAAAGGAUAGAAGUAGUCUUCGCUGUGCCAUUGAUCCCGACACUCAGAAUUUUUUAUGACUCUACAUCACUUGAAAUGUGUUUUUCUGUAUAUAAACGGGAAAGUAGAAAUAAUCCUAAAUAAAUUGUGAUAAAAGUUGUCAUGAAAGAAAAUAUCUUGGAAUACAUUGGUAAAGAGAAGCGUCCAUUAAAUUAGGCACUAUAGUGCCAAGCUUGGGUAAUGGAUCCCGUUAGUCCAUGGUACACGUCAUAUAAUCGUCUAACUGCGGGUAGCUCUGGAACGUUUCAAACACCGUCGACUACAACUGGCGACUUUGUAUCUCAUCAUUUAGCAACAACUGCUACGCAAGCAGUGCCAUCAACAACAACGUCACAGUUACUUCUUCAGGCGGCUCAUACGACAGCAACUCUGGCAGGCCAACCAUCCCCUUUUAACCCAGGGGGGUUUUUAUCUCCGCCUCCUGUAGGUUAUGAAGUUUUCUCACCUCUGUUUCAUCCUAAUACUAAGCAGGCGCAUUAUGUCACUCAGCACAGGCAACAAGUACUCGCUCAAGCGCAAGCAGUGUCAGCGACAAAACAAAACGCUACGACCGAAUCUGAUAUUUCUACGUUGAGAGAGAAUUAUAGCUCAUCUCAUCAAGUUACAUUUUUCGAGCAACAAGGAGCAUCAACGACAUCGCCUACGACAUCGGCACUGUCAUGGACGUCUCAGAACAACACACAACUCCCUAGCCCGUUUGGUAUUUUGCCGCAUGAAAGCGUUGUUCCAUCGUCUCCGGCUCCGUCUUCUACAAAAUCUAGUGGCACUGACUAUGAAAGUGCAUUUAACACUCAUUUUAGUACACAGACCAUAAAUAACAUUAACGCGUCUCAAAUAACCAGUCCAUCUGCGUGCAAUGCAGAUUUCAAAUCGUCAAGCUGCCCGACCGAAUCGAAAAAAUCGAUCAGUGUAAGAUCUCAAUCACCUGUCAUCAGCGUAAAGUCUACUAUUUCCACAUCACAAGUUAGCAAUAGCCAAACGUUUUUUCAUCAAGUUCCAACUUUUAGUUCUGAUACCUUGAGUGAUAAUUAUUCGGGUGCUGGUAAUGAAAGUCAGUCCGCCACUGAAAAUGACAAAGUGCAGUCGUCGCUGCAACAUCAGCAAUCGUGUAUUGUCUCGACGAGCAACUCUUCUGAUAAAGAAUACCGAAUAUCACAACCGUCCUCGAGAUCGGCAACGUCGACAACGAUCUUUCUAAGCGCCCCUGCUCGGUCAAGUUCUACACAAGUGAUUCAGGACAAACAAGAAACACGUAAUGGUAAUUUUGUGUCACUACCUAAUAAAGCGGCGACCACUAUCACGACACAACAGAAUAUUCAGACCAAAGCGCAGACUAAGAGUUAUCCAGGUAUAGGAAACCAUGGAAUGGAGCACCGACGAAACGAGCAACAAAGGCAUGAUAAUAGUCAGUCGUCUCCGAUCAGCUUUUCUAUCAUGGAAAAUCGCAACUUAAAUUACACUGCAAAUAAUACCACUAAUUGCAAUAACACGAAUGGCAAGCUUACGAACAGUCAGAGAACAUUGUCUAAUAGCAACUUACAAUCACAUUCUCAGCAGCAACAAACGUUUCAUGUUUUGAAUCAGCAACAGCAGGCUACAUCUUACAGACAUUAUUUAACAGGAUCGACGAGCGACACGGAAUAUCAUCCAGGCAGAUCCAAGUCUGCAACGUCGACGGAUUCCGCUUACUCAUCUAAUACUUCAACGCAAAAUGGACACGAUUGCAGCGUUGUUGUUCCACGGCGACCGAGCCCACUGCAGACUCAUUCACAAGCUAGUCCCUUGGGCCACGUGCCAAGUCCGGCGUAUCCCAUGUACAACAGUCCGAUGGCGACUAUGUCGCCAUCGCCGUUGCAACAACACGAGACCAACGGCAAUCAGUGUACUAAUAGUACAUCAUAUAAAAACGGAGUCACUCAACAAGUUGCUCCGAGAUCACCCUUGGAUGUUACUGUUCCCAGACCGGCGUCGCAGGGACAGGUAGCUUAUUCAUCGGUGAUCACACGAGCAUUGAGCACUACGGAGAAUAAUAAGGCGACUUACAACACAGAAAGUAAAACGUACGAUAGACAGCAGCAACAGGACUUCUCACAAACGCAGAAGCAACAGAUUUGUUGGGAAAAUGAAAAUCGGCAAACGGUGAACGGUACUAGGAAGUUUUCCGUCUAUGUUGGCGCGAAUACGACCAGUGAUAUAAACAUGCAAAGUACUUUACCAGUUCAACAGCAAGUACAAAGGCUCAUGAAUGUAUCAGCGGAUAGGCAGCAGUCAUAUUUUGAAGCUAAUCAAGUGACAUUACAAGAUUUAAGUAGCUGUAGAGGAGACCCAAUGAGCAUCGUGAAGAACUUACAAACGUUGCAAGGACCCUACUUACAACAGCAUACGACUCUUGCUACUUCGGUUGGCAUCGCGGAACAGCAACCAAAGCAGGUUGAAGAACGACGAAAGGCUGACAAUGUUAAUAAAAAGAAAAGAAAUUUAGAAAGAGGUGGUCAUGGUACAUCAUUAUCCAACGAGUUUACAGGUGGUACGAUGAUGACGGAAUAUCUCAGUAGAAUACCUCCACCUGCACAUCACAACGCAGCGAAUCAACAGCAGCAAAAUGGUUACUUCGAGUUUGAACGAUGGAACUUACCACCACCGACCGCUAAGAUAUUUCCCACAGCGUCCAGCGCCUUUGGUUCUCAGUCGUCGUUGCACCAUUCAAGUAACUUUGUGGGUACUUCGGCUCAUCAGCAUCAAUCGUUAAUGGUGUCGCACCAUCACGCACCACCACCCAUUCCGUAUUUUCCGGCUUUUCAUAUUCCCACGGGUCAUCAUUCACAUCACUCGCACGAAUUUCAAUCUUCAGUUGAGAUAACACCAAUAGGAUUCGGUGAGACCACUAUGAAUCAAAACACCAAUUACAAUCAAGAGAUCAGAGACGAUCAGCCUAAAGUAAUUGUUCCUAAUAUUGAGGAGGAAUUAGGUUUUCUUCAGCAGAAUCAACAAUUGAAUCUGCAAAAUAUGAAUCAAAUAAACAAGGACUUCAAACAGCCCAACAGAGAUCCUAAUACGGGAUUUAUGAUGAGCUAUUUGAAAUUUCUGCAGGGUGAAAGGGAUUCUUCUCCACCGCCUGCCCUACGCGGAGGUAGAAAAAUGACAUGGAAUAGGUCAAAACCAUAUAUACCCAUUGAAUCGAGCAAAGCUACAGAAAUUUCAAUUAACGGUGAAAGUGUUAAAUCUCAAGAAAAGUCGAUAGUAAAAGAGAUGUCGGUUAAGCAAAUACCUGCAAUAGAUUAUGCUAAUGAUCCUAGGUACUUUCCGUUACCGAAAGAAAGAAAGAAACUCAAUUUUGAUUCGAGUGACGAUGGAUUUACUAGUGACGAUGAUUUUUUUUCUUCUAAAAAAACGGAGAAAAAAGUGCAGAAUGUAAAUAAUAUGAAUAAUAUUGAGGUUGUUGCUGUAAAAUUAGAAGGAAAAGGUAGGAAAGGCCGACCUAUCAAGCCUGGUGGACCCACGGACAGGAAGAGAAGAGCCGCUGCGGCAGCGGCAGCAGCAGAAACAGAAAAAAAGUCUUCAAAAACAAUUGAAGAAGUGGAUCCUUUGCUUCUUCCUCCCAGACGUGAAACAUCGAGAAGAAAGGCAAAAGAGAAAACGUCAGUAAAACAAUUUUUAGAUCGACAACAGGGUAUAGAUUACUUUGAUAACGACGAGGAACAGGUAGAUUCCGAUUCCGAUCCAGCAUGGACACCUGCUGUAAAAUUGAUUGGCGAUGAAGACGAGAAAAGAAAGAAACGCACAAGGCCCGUUAUCACUAAAAAAAUUAGAAAGAUGUUAGAAGAGGAUGACUAUUCAUCUGGUGAAGUCAUCAUUUCAAAAAAAUUGACAAGGAAGAAAUACGAGGCGGUCUCGAAAAAUUCUAAUAGCUCCAGCAAACUUUCGUGCAGAAUUGAUGAAAAAUUAGCUGCGGCAAAUGAUGAAGAUAUUGAUAUCUUACCAUUUAAGCAUUUGAUAGGCAGUUCAGAAGACGUGUCUGGUGAAUUUGUCGUGAUUAAAACAGAUUUGGAUGAGGAAGAGGAUCCUCCUCUUUGGAGAAUAGAUGGCAAAACAUUACUUCAAAAAUAUCAGCCGUUUAAGUCCAAUGGAAAAACUUUAUACAAAAACAUUCCUACGUAUUCUGCAUGGGUUUCACAAAAUCGUCACAUAUACCAACAAGUACCGGUGAAAUUCUGGCAGCAGGGCAAGACAGAGACAAUUGUGGAAUUUUUGAGGGAUGAGAUGAUCAUUGACGACAGUGAGAACAUCGAUAAAUUUAUGAAAGAUACCGAAAAAUAUCAAGAUAAUUUUGAAGUAUAUAUACAGACGUUAAUUUCGCAAGCUUUAGACUCUAAUUUUCUUACUGAAAUAUUUCAAGAACAAGACGAUUAUUUUCUAUCGAAUGUGAAGACUGUCGAUGAAAUAACAGAGGAAAGAAAACAUCGCCUUUUGUUCACAACUAAGUGGAAGGCAAGUGUCGUGACGGCAAUAUCGACAUGGCCGUGUGUAAAUGUGCUUAAAGAUUUGCCGCCGUCAGAAUAUAAAGGAAAAUUCUGUGCUGGUUGUCAACAAACAAAAAUUUAUGCGAGAGUUUUGCUUUAUGGACAACCAUAUAACGGUACUACAUUAGAAGGCUCGCCGCCCGAUCCAAGAAUACCUCACGAAAAAGACUUUUUGCUGUGCCGCAUUUGCCAAAGGAAAGUGGCCUUGUAUAAUAAAGUCGCUCAUCAAAAAUAUUUGAUGUUUUUGGAAUGUGCAAGAAGAGUAGCGGAUAAAAAAGUAGCCGAUCCACAUAAAGACACAACAAUUAUAUUAAAUGAAUUAUUAGCAGAUGAAGCAUGGCUAAAUCAAUUUCAGCAACAUCUGAUGGCAAUGCUGGUUUAUGCUUAUAACUAUGUAGAGUUCCAGUUGCUUUUGCUUUCUGUCAAGAACACCACAAAUCUUCGCUGAUUGGACAAUUCUCACGUUGCGGAUUUUCAUCGUUAGAGCAUUUAUGUAAAAAGUUGCCCAGAUAGCUUGUCAUGUUCUUUAGAGAAUCACUCUGACGAUUCUCAUAUUGCGAGACCGUAUUAUACUGUAAGGUCUUUUAUGAUAUUUGCAGUUAAUUUACCCUUACCGCCGAGGCCCUUUGUAGUUUUCUUAAUAUUUCACAGUCUCGUUCCCAUAAAUUUUUUUACGUGAUUCACGCACUUUUUUUUUUUUUCGUUACGUCGGACGAAAUCAGCUCAACAAUUUUAACCAUGGCUUACCUGCGCCUACAAAAACUGCUGCAUCUCUUAAUUUUUCGAAUUUCAUCAUAAAACUUUGUGAGCAUAUUCUUGAGAUGUAUACCGAUUGAAAUAAAUAAAAAAAUUCAUUUGCCUGAUUGCUUACCGUGUAUGACCCCCUUAAAUUGAUAAUAUAUUUAUAUUACAUAUGCGUGUUUAUUCACAUCUACUUGAAGUGUUACACAAUAUACAGCUUUAUAUAUAUAUAUGUUGUAACCGUGCUCGCAAGCGAUGGCCAACUUCGCCUCCGUCCCUGGUCGCAGCCCUGAGCCGCCCGGGUGUCGGGGCGACUGUCUUCGUGAAAUUUAGAGCGGCGAUGGCUCGCGCGCGUUACCAGCUGACGACCGCUGGGUAUCGAAUAUCGCGAAAACGGGAUGCUUAACGAGCGGGUUAUUGUGCGUACGCGGGAAUUUUCCGGCUUGUCUACGCUUGACCCGGCGUCGUUGGUGGACGCCAAACUCCCGAUAGGAUGACGGCUUCGCCAAGGGCGAACGGAACGAACAGUAACUCUGAGCCCGCGUGGCACGCGACGAAGUCAUGUUCUUUCGCGCGCUAAAGAAUCUCGCGAGUAAUAAGCGCGAUAAUUAUUAGUCACUCGCCAACAAGGCGGUUCAAGACGAUUACAUCAAUUAUUACCAGAGUGCAAUUACCGAAGGACUCGCGACAUAAAUGCGAUCGACCAAAUUAAACAAUACUAACGAUAACUUACAGAUGCGCGACAAUUUACAACACGGGAAUAACUCGUGAUACGACUACCGGACGAAAUUACGAUUGACUCGGCUGCGGAUCGGGACGCACACGCAACGCAAUGAUAACACGAAAUGCACAGCACGGAGCGAAAUCACGCGGGCGGGCGCGAUCGGGCGAGACAACGAUGCUCCGAUAAUUCCGCGAGCUCUUGGCUUUACCCAAUACGUCGGAAAAUACAACAGUAACUACGCGACUUUCCCGCGACUCGCCCAACCCGCGAAAUCGGUGGCUUUACACAGUAUUUUGACGCUCGUCUCACCAAGUUGCCUCCUUUUCGCUUGCCUCGUCCGGGUCGGGAUAUUCUUUGGCUCUUGCGUCCUCUUUUACAAAGUAUCUCGGCUCGGGACCUGGAUUGCACGCACUAUUCACAAUUAUGUCCGCAGCACGAGUGAGGGACCCUGGAUCUCGCGGGGGCCGCUCGGCGGCGCGCCCCACCUUGCCUCCGGUACUCCGGACUCUUAUUGGCCGGUUUCCCGAAAGUCGAUUUUCGCGCAGAGUGCGGUGUACACGCUGUCGCCGGCUGGUCGAUCCAAGCGCGGCGGUCGAUAAUUAGGGGCUCCGUGCACGAGAAUCUUGGCGCCUCCUUCCGCGGCAGUCUCUUCUCUCUUUGCCAGGCGCAUCCUCCGCCAUCAGGGUGUUAUUUUUUCCUCGACGGGGGCGUUCGCUGAUCAUAAGCUGUCGCGAUCCUUCCGCCGGACUUCAUGCGGCAUCGGAUCUGCAGUUGCCCCGUCGGGGUGCCGGCUUCGCGCGCCGUCGCUGGAUCCUGAAAGCGUGAUUCGGCGGCAGUAUCGGAAUCUCAAACGGCACAAAUGGUAGGCAAGAUAAGGGCGGCAUUACCUGCGGACCCCCGCUUAGAAAGGGUUUUCUUUUACUCCCUCGAUGUCCACUCACUCUGCGACCCCCGGGAAGGUUCUCCGUCGAGACGAGACGUCCAAAAAUUACAAAGAGAUCUCCAGAGCCACCGAUCUCCGCCGCACCCGCGAUACAGCGCUCGCAAAAAUCUUAAUAAUUAAUCGAACGGACAGCACGUGGGACAUCACACACACAAAAACACGAGACAACACGCUUUUGCAUCCACUCCCGAGCGGGAGGACGCAGGACCCGCGUUAAUGCGUAAGGGCCCUCAGGGCCUUGUGACGGACAGCAGCCUGCGGCUGUCACGUCACAAUGUAUAUUGUAACCGUACUCUCGAGCGACGGCCAAUUUCGCCUCCGUCCCCGGUCGCGGCCCUGCGCCGCCCGGGUGUCGGGCGACCGUUUCUCGUGGUUUUGCAAAAAUAUAAAAUUGGGCGCCAGAUAUGUUAAACGUAUCACUCUUUUUAUAUGUCGCGGAAGAUUAGCCUUAAAUUAAUAAAGUCGCGGAAAAAGGGGCAGGCUUCGUAAGCGACCGGGCGUCGGCGGCUCCGAUAGCAAGCUGCCCAGCCUUAAAAUAGUAGAGGGGAAGGUUCGGUGCGGACGGAUGGAAUCGGGGAGGCGAGAGAAAUAUCGUGAAUACCACAUUAAUUAAACAAACAAGAAUAAUAAGUAUAUUUCACGAUUCGGACAAUUACAGGCUCUUAACGCUCGGUCGAGCGGCGACCACACUUCACGCGCGCCACGAGCAGGCGAUCGCUCGCAAUCAGAUCUCUCGAACACGGGAUAAUCAUCAAAAAUGUCAUUUUACGUACGCGGAGAUUCUCUGGCUCUGUCUAUAGCUUACUAUGCGUCGUUGGUAAACGCCGAACUCCCGAUAAGAUAAUGGUCUCGCCAAGGGCGAUCAGGACGAACAAUAUCUCGAAGCUCGCACAACACGCGACGGACUCGUGCUCUUUCGUACAAUAUAAUAUCCCGCGAAUAACAUGCGCGACAAUUACUACUCGCUCGUUAGCGAGGCAAUAAGAGACAAAUACAUUUAUUUUUACGAAAACGCAAUCACGCAAGAGUUUGCAACACGAGUACGGUACAAUACAAUAAUGACUCGGUUGCGGAUCGGGACACGCACGCAACGCAAACACAACGAAAAGAACGGAACGUAUCGAAUUCACGCAGUCGCACGUGAUCGGGCGAGACGAAACUGCAGAAAAUUCGCCGACUUUACAAUAAUCUAGCGACGUCCGUCUCACCGAGUUGAUUUCUCCUCAGCCUUUCCAGGGUCGCGAUAAAACGACUCCUGCGUCCUCUUACAAUUUGUGGUAGCUUGGGAUCAUUGACACUUGCACGACAUCCGCAACCAGAGUGUUCGAUCUUUUAUCCUGCGGGGGCCGCUCGGUGACGCGCUCCACCUUGCCUAUGGUAAGCCGGGCCCUUAUUGGCCGCGAUUUUCCGGUUCGAUGUGCGCGCAACGUGUGACAUGCGUUACUGCUACUUGCUGAUGGAUCCUAGGCGCGAUGGUCGAAUUUUCGGGGCCCUUCGCACGUGAAUUUUGCGCUUCUCGGCAGCGGCUCCUCGUCCUUCAAUUAAACGCAUCCUCCGUUUCUGGGAUGGGGUCCCCGCCUCUUUCCAUUGGCAGAAUGGGAAGAAAAUAAAUAUACAGUUGAUCCGCGUGGCAUGUAUCGUGGUUUUUGUGGGAUCUGUUUCCUAGCCGCGCCUUUAAGGCAUCCUUCUUUUGCGCCUUCCUAGGAUCCUGCAAUAGUAAUUCGGCAGCAGUAAUAAAAUCUUUUAACAGGCUGAAAAAUGGCAAGCAAGGAAAAGAGCGGUACGACCUGCGGACCCCCGCUCGAAAGGGGUCUCUGUAAAUCCCUCGUUGACAGCUUACUCCGGGACUUCCGGAAACGUCCUUCGUUAAGACGAGGCGUCUAAAUGUUACACAAUGAGCUUUUCUUGGUCGCCAAUUUCAGCCGCACUCACGAUAUAACGCUCGCCAAAAAAAAGGACAACACGGGACGGCACACACAGAAAAUAUGACGUGUCACGCUUCCGCGCCCGCUUCCACAGGACUACGCAUGCACGCACGCACACACAUACACGAUGUGCAAAAUCCGACCGGCAACCUCCACGUGGUACCCACACAUUGGAUAAUGAACGGCUAAUGCCGGCGGUAAGCGUCAUUAAAAAAAAAAAAA